AAGCUCCCCACAAACAACUCCUCCACGGUGAACACGACUGAGAAAAAAACUUGGCUUCACCAGCUUCAUCACCACCCAUCUUCUUUUGUCCCUUUCAAGCCUUCAUUUCCCAUAAUUCAAUAUGUCGGCCGACAUUGGCCAGAUUUCACAGUUGCUUAACGCAACGCUGGACCCAGCCCAGCACCGUAAAGCUGAGGCCGCCCUUAAGCAAGAAGCUACCAAACCCCAAUACUCCCUGACGCUCCUCAACAUCGUUAGCUCCGAUUCUACGCCCUCCAACACCAGACUCUCUGCCGCCCUCGCCUUCAAGAACUUUGUCCGCACCAACUAUGUCGACGAGGAAGGAAACUACAAGAUCCCGGCCGAUGAGGUCCAGACCAUCAAGCAGCAGCUCGUUGGCCUGAUGAUCUCAUGCCCCGCCAACGUUCAGAGCCAGCUCGGCGAAGCCAUCAGCGUUAUCGCCGAUUCUGACUUCUGGAGACGCUGGGAUACAUUGACACAAGAACUCGUCAGCCGAUUCAGUGCCACGGACCCCAAGAUCAACGCUGGUGUUUUGGAAGUCGCCCACUCCAUCUUUGCCCGAUGGAGACCCCUCACCAGAACUGACGAAUUGUAUAUUGAAAUCAACCACGUCGUCCAGACCUUUGGUAACGCUUUCUUCCAGCUCUUGGUGACCACCGAUACCCGUAUCCAGGAGAAUGCUAGCAACCAGGACGCCCUCAAGGCUUGGUUCGAAACAUUGAGCCUCCAGAUUAAGAUUAUCCACGACAUGUCGUGCCACGAUCUGCCUUCGAUUUUUGAAGAUAACCUUGGCAGCAUUGCCGAGUUGUUGCUUAAAUACCUUCAGUACAAGAAUCCGCUCCUCGAUACUGAUGACGAAGCCGAAGUUAGCAUCCUCGACACCGUCAAGGCCGAUAUUUGCGAAAUUCUCGUUCUCUACACAUUUAAGUACGACAAGGAAUUCUCGGAUCUUUGCCAACCUUUCAUCACCAGCGCCUGGGAACUCUUGUCCACUAUCGGCCCCGAGAGCAAAUAUGAUACCCUUGUCGCCAAGGCCCUCCACUUCCUUACUAUUAUUGCCGGAACUUCACAGCAUUCCGGUUCCUUCAACGAUGAAGGCGUCUUGACACAGAUUGUUGAAAAGGUCAUCUUGCCAAACGUGUCCCUCCGCGAGGUUGAUAUUGAACUGUUCGAGGAUGAGCCCAUUGAGUUUAUCCGCAGAGAUCUCGAAGGAUCGGACAAUGACUCUCGUAGACGAUCAGCCACGGAGUUUUUGCGCCAACUCCAAGAAAAGUUCGAGGCAACCGUCACAAACACAGUCUCCAAGUACAUCAACCACUAUCUCACACAAGGCAAGACUGACUGGAAGGCCAAGGACACGGCUGUAUACCUGUUCCUGUCCAUUGCUGCCAAGGGCGCCGUCACUGCCGCUAAGGGUGUAACACAAAUCAACCCCCUAGUCAACAUUUUCGAAUUUUUCGAGCAACACGUUGCCUCUGAUCUGACAACAGCAGAUGGUAGCGAGCCCAUCCCCAAGGUUGACGCCAUCAAGUUCCUGUACACUUUCCGUAGCCAGCUGUCCGCUGAGCAGUGGAAGCAGGCCUUGAGCCCUCUUAUCCAAAACCUCAACUCGUCCAACUACGUCGUCUACACAUACGCGGCUAUUGCUGUUGAGCGCGUCUUGUUCCUUUCUGACGAGUCUGGCAAGCCUCUUUUCACACGCCAGGAUGUUGAGCCCUUCGCCAAGGAUCUACUUGACCACCUAUUUAAGCUCAUUGAGAAAGACGCUGAUCCCGCUAAGCUCCAGGAGAACGAAUUCCUCAUGCGUUGUGUUAUGCGUAUUUUGAUUGUCAUCAAGGAUGGCGCUGCUCCUAUGCUUGAUAACGCUCUCACACACUUGGUCGCCAUUACCAACAUCAUGAAGCAGAAUCCUAGCAACCCUCGCUUCUACUACUACCAUUUCGAAUCGAUUGGCGCCCUUGUUCGCUACUGCGGCGCUACGAACGCACCGAAGCUCAAUGAGAAGCUCUGGGAGCCAUUUAACCAGAUUUUGGCAGAAGAUAUUACUGAAUUCAUGCCCUACGUCUUCCAGAUUCUCGCACAGCUGCUCGAGUCCAGCCCCUCUGAUACCCUCUCUGACAACUACAAGUCUCUCCUGGACCCCAUCUUGGCCGCUCCCCUCUGGGAAACCCGCGGUAACAUCCCCGCCUGCACCCGCCUGCUCGCUGCCGUCAUGCCUAGAGUGCACAAGGAAAUUGUGGCGGCGAACAAGGUCGAGGCUGUCCUCGGUAUCUUCCAAAAGCUCCUGGCUGGUAAGAAGUCUGAACUUCACGCUUUCGACAUUAUCGAUUCCGUGGUUCGCUCCUUUGAGCCUGCUGUCGUUGACCAAUACUUUGGCACCAUUCUCCAGCUCAUCUACACAAAGCUGCAGAGUAACCCUGCGGAUUCGUUCAAGGUCCGCUUCGCUCGAUUCUUCCACCUCGUCGGUGCCCGUCUUGAGGCUGGCUACGGCGCCGAUUUCUUCAUUAAGCACUCCGACAAGCUCGACGAGCGUGCCUUUGCACAGGUCUACCCUCCCUUUGUCCUCGCUGAGACUGAGAAGCUUGCUCGACCUGUCGACCGUAAGGCUGCUUGCGUUUCACUGACCAAGACUCUGUGUGACUCGCAAAUCUUUGCUCAAAAGUUCGCCAAGGGCUGGGGCAACACCUGCCGCAUCCUUCUAUCGCUUCUUGCCAACGCCCCUGUUGUCGCUGCUGGUGUCGGCGACGACAUUGUGAGCGAGCAGUCUCUGGACGACAUUGGCUUCGGCAUGUCCUUCACAGCUCUCAACACCUGCAAGGCUGUUGCCAGAGACGACUUCCCCGAGGUCCAGAACGUGCCAGACUGGGUUAAGCAGUAUAUGGCUGCUGCCAACACUCGUCACAACGGCGCUAUUGCCGGCUUCAUUUCGGAGCGUUUGCCUGCGGACCAGCAGCAGGCCAUUGCUCAAUACCUUUCAUAAAAGAACAGUAGCGAUGCCUAUAGGAUGACACGUGUGUUUGGCGUGUCAAUGGGUGACUUUUGAAAAUCUGAACCAUAUUGCAUAUUUUGAUUUUUUUUGUUUGUUUUUGAGGCUGAUGGGAGGAAAAAAAGGGGAAAUUAAACGAUAAAAAGCGAUAGACUGUUUAACUAGCAUAUUCAGGUAGGUACAGCAGAAUGGCAUAAUGUUUGUGUUUUUUUUUACAGAUUCACGGAACUUCUCAAGUGACUUGCAAAUUGUUUUCAUAGGUGAACAAAUCUUACAUUUUCGAUUCUUUGCAUCCUCAAAGAAUGCUGCUAUCAACUAAGAAGAGAUACAUGUACAAGGAGAAGAUAUAUAGCCAAAAAAGAGGUCGACGUCUAAAAUGUAACCAUUGUAAAACAGGAUGGAAUCGCUAAAAUGCAAAGCUUUCUCAUCAAGACGUUCAGAAGGUGGAAAGAAACAAUGACAAGGAAACAAAAGGCAAAUAAGUAAUGAAGCGUCGCUUGGUAUUUGGAGGGGGGCCGUGUCGUAAGCGUCGUAAGAGAAGUGGAAGGAGAAGAGCGGGGGGUCAUAUUAUGGUAUAGAGCCCUCGGAACCAGAGACAAAUUGGUAUCAUAUGGGGGGAGUGUGGUUUUGAGAUAAGGCGUAAAUGAGGAAGAGAUGUUGUAUCGUACGAGAGCGUGUCUGUGCUUUAGAGGAAGCCACCUUCAGUGCCGACCACACCAACGACGCUACCACGCCAGCCAGCGCAUUUUCGCUGCUGCUCGUCACGUCGGUUGGGUGAUGGGCGGACAGCAAGGUUGGUUCGGUGCGUAGCGGCAUUGUUGGGUUCGAUCUCCAUGCUGGCGCGACUGCUGCCCCCGCUAACAUUGGUCUGAACGAGUAGUAGGCUGCUGCUGCUUGAGAGGCGUUUUGUGAUGUCGCUCACGCUCAGGCGGUUGCUGUUGUGAGAGUGUCGCUUCUCGGUGUUGACUCUGCGUGGUAGCGUAGAUGCAUCUGGGGCUGCGAGAGGAACCAGCUGAGGAGUGCUUUGCGUACGGCCAUUAAUAGGUCUGGCCUUGGCAUGUGAUGUAUGAGGACGGGCCGGAGCAAGCUGGCUGAUGCUGCUGGAGCUGGCAUGGAAGCUUAGGUGGUUGCGAGAGGCGGAGGGCCGAUGCUUGGAUGCGGGUUGUUCUUCUCCAUGGCGGCUAGCGAUGAACGCCAAAGCUCUUUCAGCACUAGGGGACAUGAGGGGCUUGGAAGUAUCCAGCUCUUCAUCGUCACUCGAGAUUUCCGAGUCCUCCGAGGCGGAUUCGUCCGAACUAUCGUCAUCGUCGAAUGCACUACGCAUCGCCAUUUGCUCUCGUCGUUCCUCUGCCUCUCGCUGUUUGCGCUUGUCUUCUGCCUCACGCAUGAGUGCAUCGAAACGCGCGAUGGAGCUGAGCUUUUCUUGGCCUGGAAUAUGCUCCUCGGCAAAAGGAAUAUGGCCCAACUUAAAGGCUCUGUCCAAGAUAGUCUCGCCGGGGGCUGGUGGUGCGUUGACAUCAGCUGCAGUAGGAGGCGGCAUUUCUAACUGGCGUGUAGGAGAAGUCACGCCGGCUCGGCCUUGUGCGGAUGUCCAUCCUUCGAUAAACUCGCCGUUGUAUUCUGCCGCAGGACGGCCUGGUGUGGGGUAUUUCAUGCCAUGGUUGUGGCUGCUUGAAGGGGAUGAGACGUCGCUUCGUUUGGAACGCAGGCUUGGAGAUUCGGAGCUAAAUGUCGUCUGACGAUCUCUUGGGCCGGUAGAGUAGGUCGCUGUCGAACUCUUGUGCUGCAAUGCACGGUCAGAUGGCUUGCCUGUGUUACUGCCGCUACCAGGACGGUGGUAGGAGUCGGAGCCCUCUCGGGGUCUAGUAGCAAAGGGUGAUGUAAAUGCUGGCGAAAUAGGACUAGGAGCGUCUAUCGAUGCCUUUGACAUAAUAAAUCGAGCCCAUUCGUGAAGACUGGGGUGCGGCUCAUCCUGUGCCAUUCUGAACCACAAUGUAUUGGCACCGGAUUCCUUGUUGGUCGAGACGAGACCGGCUGCUCUGCUGGAUCGUCUUUUGCGUUCUUUGUCGGAUAUAUUAAUGACUAGAGUCGGCAAGAGAGGUCCCUGCUUUUUAUACGCCAGUAGCUGCACUUGACAGUCGGAGACAGUUCGGACUGGCCAUUGCUGUAUGGGCUCAUAGUCGUCCUGCAGGGGCAGUGGUUAGUUUAUGGCUCUAUUUUCUAGAGAUUUGGGGGCUACUCACUUUGAACUUGAAGACUGACAGGAAUAUAUCAUCUGUAGCAAUAGAAGCUGUCGGGCGGUGACCAGAAGCCAGGAUGCGAGAAGAGCUAGCUGGGAUCCGAUCUCUGCCUGGGAACAGCGGGCGUCGACCAACAGUUAUGUAACGCUCCUAUAAGGCAUAUAGAGUUAGAGAGAAUGGCAACCCAAAUUUCAGUUAAAGGCUGCAUACCUUCCAACUGGAGCGGUUGAUGAGCUGCCCUCGCUCUGGAGGCACCAGCAAGUAACCGUCGAGAAAGUUCAUGGUGAAGGGGAGCUUGCCGCAGCUGUUGAACAAUGGGCGGAGGAUUCAGAACAAGCGGGAAAAGGAUGAAUAAUUAUAGCGUCAUGCUGGUGAGGUAGCUCGAACUUGGCUGCGCGAGGUUAGAGCUGGUGAUUGCGGCGAAGCGGCAGUUGGUGUCGAUCAGAGGGCGGGCGAUGGGCGGCUACCCGAUCGAUGAUGCUGGAUGUCCACGAAGAUGAAUGGUUGUGUUGCGUUGUCUUAGGUGUUUCGGCUCAUUAGGCAGUAAUUAUAAAAAAGAAAAGAUUAUAUGCCAAGAGCGAAGAAGAGACGAGCGAAGGCCUUUGAAAGCGUGCUGGGCAAGAAGAGGAAGAGGGAAGAGGAGAUUUGGGGCGGCGGAUAUUUGGCGAUGGGGUCUCCAGCGAAGGGAGGCGGGGGG